AUGGAGGACGGCGUGCUCAAGGAGGGCUUCCUCGUCAAGAGGGGUCACAUUGUCCACAACUGGAAGGUGCGAUGGUUCAUCCUUCGGCAGACACGCGCUGCUUUACUACCCAGCUCGAGGGGGGGUCGGAAAGUGAUCCCUCCCAAGGGCCGCAUCCUUCUGGAUGGCUGCACCAUUGCCAUGCCCCUGCCUGGAGUAUGAAACCGACCACUCCUCAUUAAGCUGAAGACUCAAACAUCCACGGAGUACUUCCUGGAGGCCUGUUCUCGAGAGGAGAGGGACGCCUGGGCCUUUGAGAUAACAGGAGCUAUUCACGCGGGGCAGCCGGGGAAGGUCCAACAGCUCCACAUAUUGAAGAACUCCUUCAAGCUGCCCCCUCACAUCAGCCUGCAUCGCAUCGUGGACAAGAUGCAUGACAGCAGCAGCGGAAUCCGGCCAAGCCCCAACAUGGAGCAGGGAAGUACCUACAAAAAGACCUUCAUAGGCUCCUCCCUGGUGGACUGGCUCAUCUCCAGCAACUUUGCAGCCAGCCGUCUGGAGGCUGUGACCCUGGCCUCCAUGCUCAUGGAGGAGAACUUCCUUAGGCCGGUAGGCACCCGAAGCACGGGAGCCAUUCGCUCUGGGGAUCUGGCUGAGCAGUUCCUGGAUGACUCCAUGGCCCUGUACACUUUUGCUGAGAGCUCCAAGAGGAAGAUAAGCUCCAAGGAAGAAAUCAGUCUCAGCACCGUGGAGUUAAGUGGCACAGUGGUAAAGCAAGGCUAUCUGGCCAAGCAGGGGCACAAGAGGAAAAACUGGAAGGUGCGGCGCUUUGUUCUGAGGAAGGACCCAGCUUUUCUGCAUUACUACGACCCUUCCAAAGAAGAGAACCGGCCAGUGGGUGGGUUUUCUCUUCGUGGUUCACUCGUAUCUGCUCUGGAGGAUAAUGGCGUUCCCAUGGGGGUUAAAGGGAAUGUCCAGGGAAAUCUCUUCAAAGUGAUUACUAAGGAUGACACACACUAUUAUAUCCAGGCCAGCAGCAAGGCUGAGCGUUCAGAGUGGAUUGAAGCUAUCAAAAAGCUAACGUGACAAGGACCUGAGGGAACGGGAUCAGGAUUCCUCCCUCUUAAUAGAUGACACAGGAUUUCCUGGAAAAUGGGAAUGUGUUAAGACUUUUAGCUUUUUCUGUUUUGUACUGCUUUGGAGUGAGAUUGGUGAAGUUCCUUAGAUUACAGUCGGUAGUGGUGCUAUUUCCGUCCCCACCUUCAAAGUUAACAUGGAAAUGCUAGAAUAGACAUUAGGCAUCAGCAUCUUGACUUCCGCCCAUCAUCACAACCAGCCAUUCCUUGGGUACCAAAGUAGGUUUCCCUUGUCACACUAACUGGCCACGUUGUAAUACUAAAUAAAAGACUAUAGUCUCAUGGUG